GGUUGAUCUUUUUCCUCGAUAAAACAAAAAAACUUCAAGUACUUUGUGGAAAUACAAAAAGAAAAGGACACUUUUAUUGACACACUCCAGAGGCGCAAUUUUUGGCGAGGAAUUUGAAUAAAAGCAAAAAAAAAACACAAAGGGCCACAACCGUUUUAUACUCGAACUCACCAAUUGAGUCAAUAACCUUAUAAAGUCAUGUCAUCAGAAUCUGUUGCGGUUUACGAUGCAUUAUUUUUGUUUUAUGCAAGAGCACUUGGAGAGUGCGCUCAGACUGCAUUCCAUAUAAGAGUAAGGUGUUCCCUUCGGCGGUCGUGUAGGGUCGAGGCGCCGGUCACUUCCUGCACUGACUGCACGCCCCGGCGCUCCCACAGCGCCCGACUACCCGCGAACCAAUCAACCAUCUUAAUCAACUGUUUAUGCAAAUCCAAAACCUGACCUCGCCAUCAUUUGAUUUAUAAGGAUUGCUCUGAUAUUUCGACCUCGAACUAUAACAUUAGACUCAUUGACCGCAUCCCAGUUCGAAGACACCGCGGAAAGAUGCAAACGACAAUUUUCGCUCUAAUAUUCGUUAUCAUUGAGUCGAUCAAGUGUUCGCCUUUCGACGAUGGGAAAUACAUCCCUACCAAGUACAAACAACACGAGGGGAUGUACUCUCGGCCGCUCACCGAAGGAAAGUACAUACCGGGGGAUGAAGGGAGGUACACCUACAUAUACCGGCAGGGGUUGUACCCAAGUGACAACGGUGACUACCGCUACAUACACAUAGUGGGGCCGAACGGUCCGGGAGACGGGCAGGGUGGGCCUGAUGGGCCGGACGGUCCGGAUGGGCCGAGUUGGAACGACUACAUAGGACAUCGGAUAUACGCCGAGAAGUACCCUUACAUCCACGAUGUGAUCGAAGCGCUGGUGGACAAGUUUGUGUCGAAGAGUUACGUGCUAUACGGGGAUGAGUCGGGGGUGAGUGAGAGCUACUACCGGCCGGUGGAGGCGCGCGGCGGCGGCGCUAGUGCGGUCAAGUGCAAGUAUGUGGAGCAGAGAGCGCCGCACAACGAAUCGGAGAAAAGUUCCGAGCGAUACACUGAGUCUCUUCCUGACCUCACACCGCAAGAUGGUGAAGAGAUUGGAGAGUAUUACAACUUUAAGGGAUUGAAAAGCUUCAUGAAGGUUUCUAAUGAUAAACGAGUAAAGAAGAUAGUUAAAUUGCAGUACGAUGUCUCAGUCAGGGUAAUUGAUGAGAUAAUAGAAGUCGAUCACGAUGAAGAAGAAGAUCAAGUACAAAAACGUAACGAAAAACUAUCACUUAAAAUCCAAAAUACGAUAAAACACGAUGUAGAAAAUGAAAUUAAAAAUAAAGUAACAUAUUUAAUAAAUGCUCAGGACAAAGUGAGAACUUUAUUAUUGAAUAAACAAGAAGAACAACUAGAAAAGGAACUUAAAGACAAAAUCGAAAUAAAAAUUAAUGACACAGCCAAAACAGAUGAAAAAAAUCAAAUAGAAAAUAAUAUUAAAGAUCAAAUAAAGGAAGAAAUGCAAUAUCAAAUUGAACAACAAAAGAAAGUACAAAUGGAAAAAGAUAUGAUUGAAAAAGAAAUGAAAUUACAAGAGGAAAAACAAAUGAAAGAAUCCUUAGUAAUAAAAGAAACUAUCGAUCAAUUUGUAGAGUCUCAGACAAAAGUAGAUCUAGAAGUCGAUGUAACGACAAUGGCCACGACUUCAGAGGAAUAGUAAAGUGCCUAUAAUUUUAUUAAUACAAACCAUAGGAUGAAAUGUACUUACCUAAUUAUUUAUAGGAAAACCAGUACACUAAAUUCUUUAAGGAUUUUGUUAAGAAAAAACGUUAAUUUAUAACUGCUGUUUAAGUAUUAUAAUGAGCAAGUUGCAACUAAUCUGUGUCAUAAAGUCAUAAUAUUAAAUCCAGCACAAUGGGAUUAAGAGAUUCUGGUUGCUCUUUACAGAAUGUUAAGUAUACAUAUUUAGAGGUGUAUUGUGUAACGUGUAUAAAGCAUUAUAGUUAGCAGUAAUAUGUAUGAAAGGUGUUUUAACAUCGGUUAUACUGGUAAUGUUACCUACGUAUUUUAAUACUUACCUCACUGAGUCAUUACUUGUUUUAUUAUGUUUACAGUUCAGUAUUUAGAUAAAAGUCAUCAAAUAAUU